CCGCCUUAUCAGCUACCCCUUCAUAUGCCCUUAUCAGAUCCAGCUCACAGCUUAAGGCUUACUCCUCCUCUCAGCAGGAUCCCCUCGGCUCACUACUCACAGCUCAGGCUACUGUUUCUCUCACAUUCAACUAUCAGCUCAGCAACACUCUCAGCUCACUCUCACACCUACCGUCAUUAUUGUAG